AUGUAUCUGGACGAUACGCGCCGAAAGCGCCGGGAAUCGCAACCGUGCUGCAGUACGCUUCUCUGCAUCGUAGUGAUGCCCUUCUUCUGCCGUUACUCACACUCGCUCCGACUGUCGUACGCUUGUUACGCCGCGAAACGACGCCAAGAUUGGACCGCCCAGAAGCGUGCCUACGAGCUGCUGGUGCAGGAGGACAGUGACGUAGCGUUGCUGCGCAUCUUCGAGUGUUUGCUUGAGGUGACGCUCCAGAAGAUCCUGCAGCUUACCAUCGUCCUAUCGACCGGACCGGUUACCAUCCUGCAGAUGCUAUCGAUCGUCAGUGCGAUGGGCAGUAUCGCCUGGUGCAUGGCAUCCCACUAUCGGUGCGUACGCUUUGCCCGGCUCGACAAACGACACAUUCCCUGGUCAGGCACGAUCGUACACAUCGCGUGGCAGUUUGCGGUAACGGUAGCGCGCGUACUAGCCAUUGCUACUGUUGCCAGCGUAUUUCCAAUGUACACCGCAGCAGCCUGUGCCGCUCACGCGAUCCUCAUGUCCGUGUGGGUGUUUUGCUACGAACGUCCCCGGUUUUGCGGUGACUCGAUCGCCCAACGCACCCUACUCUCCGGUGCGUUCGGGACCGUAUUCAUCUUUAACUACAUCCCCCUGCACGAAGGCCCAACCCGGCUGCGCUACACACUGUUUUACGUCGUGUGCUUUCUCGAAACGGUUGCGUGCAGCGUACUGUACGCAAUGUUCGUGCGCAAUCCAACCAUCCAGCGGUCGGCGUUGUGGACGGCCGUGCUAAGCUGCUUCCCGAUCGUCACGUUCGUGAUCGGCAUCUGUCUGAUGGUGGUGUUUUAUCGCUACUGUCAUCCCAACAUUACCUCACGCCAGCUCGAGGCAAGAACCGAGGCGAGUGAAUAG